GACGACGAGCUCACCUUUAAAGAACACGCCACAUAUGCCCUAGCAAAAGGCACCCGCUACACGAUGGCAUGUCAGAGGAUGACACGAGCAGCAAAGGGAGUCCACGGCCGAUUACUAAAGAAACUAUACAAAGGUGUAGUGAUCCCGAAAAUGCUCUAUGCCGCUGACGUCUGGUGCUCAGGACUGAUAUCGAAAGGAAGGGGAAAGAAGAAUGCAGGACGUGGAGCGAGAGGCUUUGCCUCGAAAAUGGAGAGAGUCCAGAGAAUGGUGACAAUAAUGAUAACGGGAGGAAUGAGAACCUCCGCCACCGAUCUCCUUGAUGCACACGCUAACAUCCUUCCA